AUGGAGGGCCGGCGACUGUCACCCCCGCCACUGGUCAAGCUAAUGGAGGGCUUACGCCCCGACGCCAGCCUUGGAACUUCUACCGAGAGCCACAGUCAGACCGGAAGCCCCUUGGUAGCGAGGUGGAACUGCAAUGUUUGGUUCCACAAGGCGAGCCACAACCGGAAGCUGAUUGAUAGCGGCAAUUAUACAUGCGGGGCGCGGAACGUUGCGCACGAAAGAUUAGCCAAACCUGCCGUUUUACAGAUAUACGUUGAUGGAAGUUGGUCGCAGUGGUCGGGGUGGAUCGACCCGUGUCCGACGAGCUGCAAGCACUUCGACCACAAUCGCCGGUCGUCAGUAAAACGGUCCAGGUUUCGUGUGUGCGACAGUCCUCCUCCGUCGAACGGCGGGGCCUACUGCCCGGGUGCGGACAAGGAGCACGAGGACUGUGAUCUGCUUUGCCCUGUCGAUGGUUCAUGGUCGACGUGGAACGACUGGACAACGUGCAACAUCGACUGUUACCAAACGCGGCACCGCCGCUGUGACUCCCCAACGCCACUCAACGGUGGCCGGAUCUGCCACGGCUUCGACCGACAGCAGCGCAACUGUUCUGAUGCCGAAUGCAUGCCCAAUAUACUUGGCAAGUCGGUGCUUUUGGAGGAGAAUUCGCUGAACGUCGUUCGAUCGAACAUGACUAUGUACGCCGGUCUAGCGGCAGCGGUGUUCGUCUUCCUGUUCGCUUUUUUGGUGAUGUUCGCCCUGGUGCUGCGCCGCAAGACCUGCCACCGUUGUAACAAGGAUUACGAAAUAGCGCCGACUAGCCCGGUUCACGUCGUAGCCGCCAACCGACCAGACGUCGCAAUGCACUCACCGUUGGUCUACGAUUUGGCCCCUAGCAUGAAGUCCGACCGAAGCAGGGUCGGUCUCUUGGCGUGUAAGCUUUCGGUCGGCUACGCAACACGAAGGAACUAUUUCGGUAUUCCAUGCCAACGAAGAUGUUCGAACACAGAGUGCCUGCUAAUGAGCGACCGAGGCAUUAGCUUAUUUAUUCCAGAGGGCGCUCUAAUCGAAGAGGACAUCGAGGUGUUUCUGUUGAUCUCGGAAAACCGUCCCCCGUUGAACGACAGACAGACGGCGCUCACUCCAGCCGUUUGGCUGGGCCCAGCCGGGCUGACUUUCAAAAAGCCUGCGUUUACCAUGUUCUUCAACGGCUCGUGCGAUGACGCGUUCAGCAACCAGUGGAGCCCUGUGGCGGUCGUCGGUCAGGAGACAUUGAAUACGUCCACCUACUGUCAGAUGGACCAAAACUGUUGCCACGUUCUGAUCGAGAACUCUGGCAAAUACGCAUUGGUUGGUGAGGGCAAGACCAACGCCCCACCCGUGUCCAAGAGAUGUCGUUUAGCGGUGUUCAUGGGCGAUUCUGGACUUCGAGUGUAUUGUAUUGCCGAUACUAGAGCAGCCCUUCAGUGGACGCUGGCGCAAGAGGAGGAGUUGUGCGGUCGCCUGUGUGCCGUGCAAUCAGAAACUCUGUUGCUGAAGCAAGGAUCAGACUUUUGUCUGUGCUUGGAGGGUCUCAGCCCCGGAUGGACUUUGCUGAGUGCCUCCAACUAUCAGGAAAUCCCAGCAUCCCACCUGUGGAAUAGUAACCCGGCGUUACACUGCACGUUCUCAUUGGCCAACAAAGAGAAUAUUCACUGUAUCCAAGACUUUCCGCUCACAGCGACACUGAUCGUCUGCCAAAAAGGCAGCAAAAGCUCCAGGUCCAUCAUCAACAUCGACAAUGAGGCAGUAUGGAACAUCAGUGAUACGUUCCGUGAAUUUUAUGCCCCGGUCAGAUUAUCGGCCCCGGUGAGGUUACGGCUUGCCGCGCUGCUCGAUCCUCCGACAGAAUCCGGAAACGAUUGGAGGAUGCUGGCCCGCAAACUUGAAGUCGACCAUUAUUUACCUUAUUUUGCAUCAAGGCCUUCACCGACAGACUUGAUCUUGCUGCUUUGGGAAUCCCGUCAACAAAGUAGCAAAUCUGUGAUUAGCCUGAUGCAAGCUCUACGCAUCAUGCAACGUGAAGAUGCAGCAUUCGUCAUAAGUACAUAUUUGGAUCAGGUUUGAAC